CACUGGGAAAGUGUCACUCCGCCUCCUCCUCAUUCCUGCUGACUCCCUGCUCACUCUACUCUCGCCUCCUUGUCUCACCCUUCUCUGGAUGCCAGUAGCUCCAAGUCAUGGAGACAGCAGUUACACACCAACCAGAACAGUCAGCCACAACAGCUUCAGUGUGUCAAGACGAAGAAGCGGGGGGCUUCACUGCAGAAUGUGAAGAUAACCGGAGCUCAAAAAAAGUCCCUGCGAUGACGGACCCAGUGCUCACACAGCCUGGCCUCGGCGUCACCACGACAACCAUCACCACCAUCACGCAGACGGGAGGAGACUGGAGCACUGGCUUGUUUGAUGUCUGUGGAGACAAGACAACAUGUAUUCUUGGGGCUCUGGUGCCGUGCUGUUUAGACCUGAGUUUAGCUCACCAGUUUGGAGAGUGUCUGUGCAUGCCUCUCCUACCAGGGUCCACUUUUGCCAUCCGGGUUGGGAUCAGGGAGCGUUACAAGAUAAGGGGAAGUGUGUGUGAGGACUGGACCACAGUGUUUUGCUGUUACCCUCUGGCUGUAUGUCAGAUGAUAAGAGAGAUGAAGCGGAGGAUGAAGACUCAGACAUAUCAUGUGACUACUGCACUGGAAAACUCUUGAAGAACAUGAUGCCUGUAACCAUUGCCAUUGCUGUUAUGUUGUAACAGUAAAUCUCCACUGAGGAUACCUUGAAAAUCAUUUUAAAAGAUAAAAAAAAAAGAAGAACUUUAAUUCAUAGCUGCAAUGAGGGGAAAAAAUACAGGUCUUGACUGGUGUAAGACUUCAAACUUGUUUGGAUAUUUUUAAAUUUAAUAGGCAACACUCAUGACAACACAUCAUAUUAGAAAGGAGCCCUCAUAAGACUUUUGUUAUUGCUGAGACAUUAAAAUGCAAAAGCAGUGCAUAAAAAAAUUUAAUUCAUCCCAUUACCUACAAAGCUGGUAGAACCAACUUUAGAAGCAAUACCUUUAAAGGUCCCAUAUUAUACAUUUUUUCAACAAUUUCAUAUGGGGUUCAGAGGUCCUACAACAUUGUUUACAAAGUGUGUUAUUCUAUGGUCUUUUAUAUCAGCCGUUCCAAAUGUGGCUCUAAUGAGUGUUGCCUGUGCACGCCUCUCUCUCUCCUCUCUAAUUUAGUAUAGUAUGGACCCUUAAGAAACUGUUUUCUUUAGCAGUCUCUCUUUUCCUUUACAAGCUUCUAUUAGCAUUUAACAUGGUAACGGUAGCUUGUAAGGUCUGAGAGUAGGUCUUGGUUCUUAAGUUUUUCUAAGUAUUGCAUGGCCUAACUUGGGAUGAGGUUGCGGGGACGUCCACUCCUGGGAAGAAAAACUCUCUCACUAUAGAAUGAGGUAUCCCAAAUAUAUAUUUAUAACCCUUUUAAGACUGAUGUGCCUCAACAGUUGCUUUUGAUCUUUGCCUUUUCUUCUUGGUGUUGUGUUAACACACACCUCAGUUAUCCACAGCAAACUAACUAAACUUCUUCUUUUAAAGAGCUUCUACAUAUAAAUAAACAUUGUUCAGUUUUAUUAUGUAUUUGAGAUUAGUUUUAUGAAUAAAGAAAGUGCAUUAAAUGGAGUUGUUGUUCAUUUCAGAAUCAGAUUCAAUGAAUUAAAAAACAACUUUCAGUUCAAAGAUGUUGUACUCUCCUUAUCACACGCCUGCACAUUUUACAAUGAAAGGUAGGAAUAUCUGCAAACAACAGAAAAUAUCUGGUACUACUUAACUUAACAGAAAAUAGAAUAAAUGAAGUGAUAUCUUGUAGAAUAUUUGAAGCUUUAAAAUUUGUCUAAGGUCACCAGAUAAAUUCAUGUGAUACCAAUCAGGCAAGAAGUAAAAUGGAAAAGAUGAAACAUGAUGCUAUUUUGGGGCACAAAUGGUGCAAUGACCACAUAAAGCAUCAUUAGAGACAAUAUCUAGAAAUUAAACUGAUAGAUCUAAUUUGAAUAUCAUAGUUAAUAGUAUGAAUAAAUGCAAAGAAACAGAAAUGUUUAAUGUCAACAAGUCAUGUGAUUUCUUAAGGAAACUGCUGUGGAAAGCGAUGAAACAACAGUGUGUACUUGCCUGAUUAACUAGCAUACAGGUCACAGUGCUGUGUUGAUUACAGCUACAGUUUGGGAAUAAUGAAGCCUAUAUUCCUUUUCUGUCUUUUUUUUUUUUGACCAUGCAUUCUUUGAAAUUGCCCCGAGGCAUUCAAUCACAUUAUUAAUCCACUCCAGAUUGUUUUGCUUCCCUGACCCUGAAAUGCCAACCAAACUGAGUGGAUAUGAAAAUGUUAUUCAUUCAUCAAAGCAGAUGGAUCCUCAAAGGGCAAAUAUAUAAUUUGUUAACUCUUACAGAUAUGGUCUCUUACCUGGCAGCUGCAUCAAAUGAAAUAAGGAAGAAAAUUGGUUUGUAGUCUGAAACUGAGAAGGAUGUGAAUAAUAAAUUCUUAUUACACAGUACACCCCCCAGUUCAGUGAGCUAAUCUGAUACAAAUAAAUGUUUAAAAAUUACUGCAAUUUAUAAGUGAAUAUUUGACUCAUCAGACUGAUUUAAUCUUUGAUUUUAGUAUAUUAGAGACCUAAAAUGACUUUAGAAUAUUAGAGGAUUAAAAUCACAAACCCAGUGAGCCCAGAAGCAGACACAAAUAGUGGCUGAAUGGAGGUAAAUGGUAUUUUAUUAUAAAAGGGGAAGGUGGUGACAUGCUGGCUGGAGAGUUAUAAUGAGUUGGAGCAAGGAUUUUGUUGAGAGAAGCCAGUGUGAGGAACAGAGCUGAGCUGGGGAAACAGACUGCUGCAGCCUCCAGUGUUACAGAGCAAGGAGAUCCAAAUUGGAAAUGGAGAUCAGGGGGCAAAAUCCCACCAGGCAGGACCAGAGGAUAAAAGAAUAGGGAGAAGGGACAAAGACUAAAUGUGGAAUUGGUCAAAAACUUACAACCCCGAUUCCUAAACAGUUUGACAGUGUGAAACAUAAAUAAAAUGUACAUGCAAAACUCACAUUUUAUUCCCAAUAGAACCCAAACAACAUACCAGAAGUUGAAAAUGAGCCAUUUUACUAUUUCAUACACAUCUGGGAACUUUGUCCUAUUCUUGUCUGAUGAAGGAUUCCAGCUGCUCAACAGUCCUGGACUGUUGGUGCUCGAUUUUUCAUUUUACAGUACUCAGCACGUGGAUUCUUCUCCUGAGAUGCCAUGCUGUUGUGAUGGAUGCACUGUGUAGUUUAGCAAUGUUUUGCUGAAAUAAGUAAUGCCUUCCCUGAAAGAGACGUCUGAAUGGGUGCAGAUGUUGCUCUAAAACCUCCAUGUACUUUAUAGCAUUGAUGGAGCCUUUGCUGAUGUGGAGCUGCCCAUGCCAUAGGCACUAAUGCAGCCCAUACCAUCAGAAAUACAAGCUUUUGAACUAAACAGUUUUAACUGUCUGGCAAAGUGUUCCUGAGCCCAUGUUUCAGAGGCAACAACGGAUAUGGUGCUUUUGUUUUAUUGGGAAUAAAAUAUGGAUUCAUGAGAAAGUGUUUUUUGUGGAAUAAGUUUUGACCAGAUGCAGUUUCACUAAUGCAGGUCCGUAUCACAGCUUAGAAGGUUUUCUUCUGACACAUUUCUCCUCCAUCUCUCCCUAAACUCAUGAUGUUUUCCAGCAAAGGUCAAGGAGCAGUACCUAGGAAAGAAGGCGGUUAUAUUUUUGACUAUUUGACUGCACUCAGAAUGAGUGCUGCUUGUGGAAUGGGAUGCAGAGAGGAUGUCUAAAGGGGGUGCAGAGGUGGAUGUCAUCUAACAGCUAAUGCAAUAAGAGGAGAGCAAUAAUGCCUCUCAUGCAGAAGUAUUCUAUGGCUGAUUAUGAAAACAACUUUCAUAUUCUGGUUUUUGUGUCAAUUAAAUGUAUGAACUGUGCAUACUAUUUCCAUACAGCUGCCUUAGCUGUUAAGUAAAAAAGCAACACCAAUAAAAAAUAUCUCAAUAUAGUCUACAUUUUUGCAGGUUAAAUAUAAAAUAUAAUAGACCUUAUUGGAAAAACCCCAAAACAAAACUAAAAACAAUCAACCAAACAAUAAAAAAGAAAUCUGUAGAAUAUUUGUAUUAGGCUCUGUUUCACAAUGCCAAAUGUUUUUGGUUGGCAGAGUGCUAAACUGGACAGCAGGCAGGCCAGUUUAGCACUCUGACUCAUAGUAUUGUAACAUGUACAAAAUUUAAUUUUGAGACUGUCUUGCUUAGAAUUAGCAAGGCUCUACCUGAAAAGAUUUCAUCUGGCGGGCUAGCUUAAACUUAAGCUUAACUUAAGUUUAAACAUAUUGUUCAACAUGAAUGUUGCCUUUUCAAAGGAUGAGGUUCCAGGUGGAAAUGUUACCAAGUUAUGUUUUUAGGAAACCAUGUUUGAGUCAAUGUUCCUUUAGUAGCUUCUUUUUCAUUUAUUUAUUUAUCUGUUUAUUAUCAUGUACAUGUUUCAAAGUUACUUGGUUCGAUUUGGAAAAUUAAAUCGUUUGUUAAAGAAGCACAAAUGAACUUACGCAGAUUUUCUCAGUGAGAUGCCCCUUAUCCUUUAUUUACUGUUUGGGUCAAAUUUGACCUCUUUUGACAUUAGACAAACCAAUCUUGUCUGGUUUCAUUGUCACUGCAAGCUUAAAAUUGCAGAAGUAUGCAACAUCUUUUAAUAGACCUAUUAAAACUAUUGAACUCAGUUUGAACCGGACUGAGACCUCUUCACUUCUGCAAAUAGCAUCCUCACUCACUUUUACUUGAGCAGAAGUGAUAAAGGUUAACUUCUGUUAGUCAGAAAAGUUGUUGAUAUCGAAACCAGAGUGUCUUGUUUAGCUUAACCACAACCCUGUCUGCCUGAAUGCAACCAGGGGUCUAACUAUCUGUGUCUUAGAGUCUGACUUCGGACUCGCUCAGCCAAAGAUGUUUGACUGUGUGAUUCCCAUUGCUGCAGCUCUUAA